CAUCAACCCUGCCCUACGCCGGUAUCAACGCGUCAUCAUGGAAACCAGCAUACAGAGGGCAUUGAAUGACAAGCUUUACGAUAAGCGUAAAGUAGGAGCUCUCGAGCUAGAAAGAGUUAUCCGAGAUCUGGCACUGCGCAAGCAGCAUCAAAAGGUUACUGAUAUUCUAGAUCAAUUGUGCAAUGACUACGCAUACGCCGUGCACCAGCCCCAUGCUCGAAAUGGCGGUUUAAUCGGUUUGGCCGCCGCGGCUAUUGCCCUCGGAUCGGAAUUGCCUAGAUAUCUGGCCAAGAUUGUACCGCCAGUGCUAGCUUGCUUUACUGACCAAGAUGCGCGAGUCCGAUAUUACGCCUGUGAAGCAAUGUACAACAUUGCCAAAGUUGCAAAGGGUGAAAUUCUUGUCUACUUCAAUAAUAUUUUCGAUCAGCUUUGCAAGCUCGGUGCGGAUUCAGAGCUGUCGGUAAAGAACGGCGCCGAACUGCUAGAUCGCCUUAUUAAAGAUAUCGUCUCGGAAUCCGCAGCCUCGUAUGUGUCUAUUCUAGACGAGAAAACAGAAGAGCAGCAUGAUGCUGUUGAAGACGACGAAGCACUUCAUCUACCCACAGCGUUUUCACUCGCUCGAUUCAUCCCGCUUUUGAAAGAACGCAUCUGGGUUAUAAAUCCAUUUACACGGCAGUUUCUAGUCGGCUGGAUCACCCUUUUGGACUCAAUUCCAGACCUCGAGCUCGUGACCUAUCUUCCUGCGUUUCUUGGUGGCGUUCUCAAGUUUCUCGGAGACCAGAAUUUGGAUGUGCGCGCAGCAACACAAACAUGUCUUGACAAGUUUUUGAACGAAAUUAAGCGGAUAUCUAGAGUGAAGAAGGGACUUACCGAGACAAGAAAGUCCCGUGAGGGCACAAAAAGAAAGCGACAAGAUUCUCUAGACAGCAGCAGUAUUCAUAUGGAGGCUGAAGAGGGUGAUGAAAUCGACUCAAACGCCCUUGAUGACGAUGACGAAAGUGACGAGGAAGACUGGAUUCCCGGUCAGGAUGUUGACAUUAAUUACGGUGACAUUCUUGAAAUUUUAACUGCGACACUGGAUUCUCAUUUAGAAGAGGAUUGUUUGUUAGAGGCACUCCGAUGGAUUGUCGAGUUUCUCGACAUUUGCCCCGAGGAAGUGCUUCCUUUCACACCAAAGAUUCUCGCACAGAUGUUGCCAGCCAUGGCUAGUCCGAAAGAAACGAUCCAUCUGGCAGCUACAAGAGUCAACAACUCGCUCAUGGAUUAUGUGGUUUCCUUGGCGUCAGAUGCUGAAAAGAACGACUACUUGCCUCCAACGUCGAUAACCUCGACACCAUCGAAAGAGCUAGAGCAGGCUGCAGCUGCAAUGCACACGCGGUCGUCGUCUGUGGCUCCUAGUUUGGCCCAGACUGCGACGCAGGCGGACCUCGACUAUGCAGCAGCCGUCAAUUCCCUAACUCUUCUAUUCCUAAACGACCAUGAGGCGACGCGUGUUGCCGCGCUUACAUGGCUCAUCAUGCUUCAUAGAAAGGCCCCCAGAAAGCUUCUCGCUUUCAAUGACGGCACUUUCCCUGCUCUGCUCAAAACACUGUCCGAUCCAUCCGAUGCAGUGGUAACCAAAGAUCUUCAGCUUCUGUCUCAAAUAUCGAGAUAUGGCGAGGACGGUUACUUUGCAAACUUCAUGGUCAACCUGCUACAGCUAUUCUCGACGGAUCGUAAAUUGCUCGAGACACGAGGCAAUCUGAUUAUCCGACAGCUUUGUAUUAGUUUGAGUCCCGAACGCAUCUACCGAACACUGGCUGAUUGUAUUGAGAAGGAGGAAGAUGUCGAGUUUGCCAGUAUCAUGGUGCAGAACCUGAACAAUAACCUAAUCACAGCGCCUCAGCUAGCAGAAGUGCGCAAGAGACUAAGAAACUUAGAAACCAAGGAUGGACAAACACUAUUUGUCACAUUGUUCCGAUGCUGGUGCUACAACGCUGUGGCCACAUUUUCUCUGUGCCUAUUGGCCCAGGCGUAUGAACAAGCGUACAACUUGCUACAAAUCUUCGGCGAAUUGGAUAUGACGGUCAACAUUCUGAUCCAAGUAGACAAGCUUGUCCAGCUUAUCGAGUCACCUGUAUUUACGUAUCUUCGAUUACAGCUCCUUGAACCCGACAAGUACCCUUACCUUUACAAAUGCAUGUACGGCAUCCUCAUGCUGCUGCCCCAGUCGUCAGCAUUCGCCGCCUUGAAAAACCGCUUGAACAGUGUGAGCUCCAUUGGAUAUCUACAUGUCGCACCGCGAACAUCCUCCACUGCUGCGGCCAAUGCCAACUAUGACCGCCCCAACAGGCUCAAGGGCAGAGAAGACGGCUCUAUUCGAUGGGUUGAGUUGCUGGAAAAGUUUCGCAGUGUACAGGAACGAUCGAGGCGUGCCCAACGCCAGAGCAUGGACGGAUCAGACGGGAUGUCACUGGGCGUGAGCGAACUGCGGAUCGGAGAUGGUUUACCGGAUAGAUCUGCGAAAGAUGCCAGAAGCGGCGUCCCUAUCCCGACUAUAGUUGCGAAAGACAGUGCUGCAUCAGCGCCGGCCAAGAAAGGCGGCUUGGGUAGACAGUUUGGAAGACUUGGGGGCGCCGUCUCUGGCAAGAGUCGCCGUAACCCGUGAGAUGGCUUACAGAGCAGCAUUUUGUAGAUUAUACCGUUAUUGGAGUAGCAAUGGAUAUACUGGAGUUAAUUGCAGCGAAAGACUAAUUUUGGGGUAUCUCUAAAGCAACAGCAAAUCCUCUCUUUCUCUUUCCCUCUCUGUCACUAUUUUUCUAUCCGUUGACCAUAAGACGGCUCAUUUUCUCUUUCCAGGACUUUCUCGCUGAACCAAGCCUUCAAAGGCGGCAUCGCGCUGCGAAAUCAUGUCUUGCAGCUGGCUUCUGAGGGAUCGCAGCUCUGUUUCUGCCUUGACAGGGUCUGGAGGGAGUCCCUGGAAAGCUGCUAUAUAGGAAUCCAGCUGCUUCUUGCGGUCAAGCAGGGCUAGGUAUUCCUGCUCUUCACGAACAAUAUCAUCCACAGUGACGCGCGCAGUUCUAGAAAGUUUCCCAGCUCCUCUCUCGGCUGUGGAAACUUGGGCAAUAAGCUUAUUGACAGACUCACGCACAUUGGCAUUUGCAGCCUUGAGGUGGGCGAUGUGGCUGUCCUCGAGCGACUGGAUAAGCUCGUGGACGUGGCGAGCUUCUCUUUCGAGCUGCGACUCCAUGGCUUCUGUCCGUUCCGCCAUGGUCCUGUUAGCGAAAUUCGCAGCCUGUAUAUCCAACGAUAGAUAGCCCAGUGUUGUACGGGCAUCCGUCAGUAUAGCAUCAGGACAGAGGUGGGCAGAGGCUAGGGAACGCAGCGCCGUCCGGCCCUCAGCACUAAGAGCCUGCUCAAUGAUGGUAAGAAGCGUCUGUCUCAGAGCUUCGCCUGUUGCUGCCGUCGGCGUAGCUUUUGCUGCGAGCUCCGUAGCAGCUUCAUGUUCGACCUUUUGCACGACGCGCUGCUGCUCAGUAGCUGCUUCGGUGUGCGUGGCCAGCGCCAUCAGGGUGCGGAGGGUGUCUGCAUUGCGCUCAAAUGAAGGAGUUUUGCCAUGAAAGUACUGCUCCAACCACGAAUCAACAUAGGCCCAUUCUCUCGCCGUGGGUGCGGCAAUGCGAGUUGCGGAUGGCGUAAACAUGGUUGCAGCACCCGCCCGU